CACUCAUAGGCGGUAACUCUUGGCGAAAAUAUGGAGUUGUAGUUCUUGGUUCUUAGGGUCGGAGUUCAUGUUAGACGUGUUAGUGCUUAUUAGUAAAUUACUCCAAACAUGGAAACUCUAUUAUUAAAGUAUUUCUUUCUAAAGUUAGGUUGCUACAUGCAAUGUAAACAUUCGCAGCUUUAUGCGUUGAAGUAUUUUGUUCACCAGUGACAAAAUUUAUCCAAGUUCCAUUAAACUGUAAAUGUCUGUAAUUCGUGUCUCCGAUUUUCUGUAAUUCGUGUCUGUAAUUCUCCGAUCUCUCACUGUAUGACUCCGUUGGGGAAUACCAUUGCUUACCUGACAUCUGGUGAUACAACUGUCAGUUACGUUGUCGUUAUGCACUUUUUCAUCUCUUAUCUUUGUGGCCGAUUAAAAAAAAGUAAAGGUCGUCCUCAAGUCCUUUUUCUAAGUCGUCAGAGCAGAUAUAUAGAUGGCAGCAUCAAAUCAGCAGCCAAUCACAGAACAAAGCAAUCCGCUGUCCUCUUAUAUUGACAUAGCAGGACCACUAGACAUAAUUUCAACAUUAGAAUCAUGUGACAAAGAAAUUUUUGAUGGAUGGCAGGAUUUUCCAGGUCUAUUUGAUGAAAGAAUUCAGACAAAUCUUUGUAAGAUUGUCAAGACUGCUGCAAAUAUUUUAAAGGACCCUGAAAAAUCAGCCAUUAUAAUCAGUGGAUGUGGGACUUCUGGGCGUCUUGGCUUCGUAACAAUUCGUACAUUUAAUGCUUUGCUUCGAGAGCGAGGGAUGCCAGAAUGCUACCAGUACAUCAUGGCGGGUGGAGACAAAGGACUUCUUUUGUCACAAGAAUCUUUUGAAGAUGAUCCUUUUCUAGGAAUAAAGCUUUAGAAAAGGUAAACUGUGGGAAAAUUGCAUGUUCUUUUUAUUGGUAUUACUUGUGGAAUGUCAGCAUCUUUUGUUGCUGGACAACUAGACUACUGCCUGCAAAAUUUGGACCGUUUUACACCUGUCCUUAUAGGAUUUAAUCCUUCUUACCUAGCCAGGAACUUACCAAUUCAAAAUUGGAACAAAACAUUCCUUCAAGUUGUCCAGGAGCUGGAGCUGGCUGAGUCGAGGGACCAGGGCUUCCUGCUUAAUCCUGUCAUAGGGCCUGAACCAAUAGCUGGUUCCAGUCGAAUGAAGGGUGGCACAGCCACGAAGCUGCUGCUAGAAGCAAUUUUCGUUCCUGCCCAUUCCAUCGCUUUUCAAGACAAGCUUCAAGUAAGCUCCAGGGAAUAUCUGGAAUUAUAUAGACAGGUAUGGAAGGCUGUGUACCAGCAAAAAUCAGCAAUUGCUGAUCUUCUCAAGCUGGCUGGCAUGAGUCUGCAGGCUGGAGGGAGUCUGUAUUAUCUGGGUUACACUUCUCAUGGUAUCAUGGGACUGAUUGAUGCAUCAGAGUGCCAUCCCACCUUUGGUGCCUCUUUCGAUGAUGUCAGAGGGUUUCUUGAGGGAGGUUACUCAACAUUAAGCAACACUGAAGGAGAUCUGUCAGACCUGGGAAAGUAUUAUAGGAUUUCGACAGAAGAUUUUCUGCAGUUUGUUCUACCAUCUGUAAGCGAGAAAGACUUGGUUGUCUUCAUAUGUAAGGAAAUACCUGGCCUUAUAAACAGGAAACUUUACGAAGCUACAUGCAAGAAAUCCUGCAUCAUUGUUUCCACAGGCAAAGGUCCAGCAGUCACAGAGGAGAGUGAAGUGUUUGCUGCUACUGUUCACAUUGACCUUUCCUCUCUCAGCAACUUACCAGUCCUUGUGGCUGAUGGCAUCUGGGCACAGGUGGGUGUCAUGUGCAGUGAGCUGGCUGUGAAGUGGACUCUGAAUGCCAUAAGUACAGGAGCUCACAUCAUGAAGGGAAAGGUCUGCAGCAACAUCAUGAUUGAUCUGAAGGUCAGCAACGUAAAGCUGUUUCAUCGUGCUGUGAGCAUCAUUCAGCGUUUCUCUCAAUUACCAGUGGAAGUGUGUCGUGAAUACCUGCUGCGGUCACUGUAUAACACUGAUGACCUGACUGAAGAGAUUCAAACAGCAUCUGUCGCACAGCAUAUUCAAAUUGGUGCCCGACAAGACAGGGUGGUCCCAACAGCACUCCUGGCAGCAGUAUCUGGAUGCAGCAUAGCAGCAGCAAAGAUGGCACUACAAGACCAGCCAAUUGUGCGACAGGCCGUGCUGACAUCCCUUCAGCACCAUUCUCAAGCACAAGUUAAAAUAGGAUAGACAUAGUGAGCAGUGGGAGAGAGUGAAGGCCAGUCCCUGGUGCUUGUUUGUGAUAAAAUGUUUUCCAACAUCCGUACAUAAACAUCUGUAAGAAGAGGAGAAACUGGUCAUCAAAUAGCUUAUUGUUGGUAUGGUUGCCUGAUGACAUGGCUGCUUUGAGGUCAUUGUAUGAAGUUCAGUAAUCAAGGAGAAGACUACUGCUUGUUCAUAAGAAUGGUUAUUGCCACUGAUGUUGCUAGUUUGAGUUGGUGAAGUGUAUUGCAGACACUUCAUAAGCAAGGCAGGACAGUCUUCUGUCCAAUAUAUUUUUAGUUCAUUUGAAAACAAUUUUUUUUUUCAUGUUGCGUUCCUGCAAAUAGUGAUUUUAUAACAGUCUAGCUCUCCCUUUAGUGCAAUAUCAUCAUAGGCAAAAGUGACCUUUUGGUCAGAACAAAUGAAAGGUUUGCUGAAAUCCGCAAGGUCUAAGAGACAACGGACAAGACUAUGUAUACAUAUUACGGCCAAAGCCCAAAAUCGGCCAAAGUGGAAAGUGAUCAAGGUCCAAUCUUUUCUUGAUUUUGUGAUUUGGCCGGCCAGUUUGCAAAAUGGCACGGGGCGAUCAAACAAGUUUGGAAUUGGGGAGUCAUGAGGAGAUUCUGGUUAGUCUUUAUGAUUUUACACUUUAAUUAUUGUAUUCAAUAUUGAUGAUAGUUCAUCACUUCUUACAAGAUGAACUUUUGACAUUUCAACUUACACAACAGUGUUGUUAUUUCUACAUCUGCAGUGACUUGCGCACUUAGUAGUGCAAUUGCAUCAAGUGUAACCUUGGCCACCGGUCAGUGAUUAGGAAGAUGAUCUGCCUACUGGACAGUAGGCCAUUUUGGCUACACCUCUCGGCCAAAGUGCAAUAUGGCCAGCCCAUUCAGGAACUGACUGAACUUUGGCCGUGGCAUAUAUAUAUUUUUCAAACUCUGCUAAAGGUCUCAUACAUUUCUUAUCUCAAAACAAAAUGUUGUAUGAACCAUACUGCAAAUCAAGUAGAUGAAUUAAGGUGGAGGAUAAUUGAUCUUUAAUUUCUUUUAUUGAGUAGAGGAAUUUGGUGAAAAAGAUCUAACCACACUGCAUUAUUCUAGCAUUUGCUGUUUUGAAAUAAGAACUAACAUAAUAUUCAAGCAUUAGAUGACAUGCAGAAAAGCAGAAGGAAUAUAAGCAGGUUUCAUACAGAUCUUAGUCCAAUUUUCUAACUAAACUUCACCCAUCUCAUGUUGGAUUGGGAUCAUGUAAGUGUUAAUGAUAGAUUUUUAAUCAUAUCAAAAGACUAGAACUAAAGAGUUUACAAACAUUUGUGUGCUGAGUUUUUAGUCAGCUUGCAGGAUCAGAGAGGUGUUGUCUGUAAAAGGUGGUGCAUAAACAAUAUGAGUAAAAGAAAAAGUGGAGUAGGAGUCACCAGUGUAUUCUUGAAGACAUGGAAAAUGAAAUUGUAUUACAAUAUAAUGAAGAUUGUCAUUAGUAUACAACUGCAAACAAGGUAUCAAAUAGUCCUUAUUCACAAACUCAAAUAAAACCUUUCACAACA